CAAACAUCCGGUUCCUCAGUGUCAUAUGACCAGCGCUCUGCUGUCAUUGAUGUUAUUCGGUAGCAGUUAACAAAGCACAUCAUCCAGCGUUAGCUUUUUAAAAGUUUUCUUUACCUUAUCCGACAAUGGCAACACUAGUGGCAAACAGGGCGAUGGAUAUUAACGGCUUGGCAGCGGCUUCGAGGACACACACCCAGGCUGUGACCAGGAAUUACAUCUCUCAGCCCAGGCUAACUUACUCCACUGUAUCUGGUGUAAAUGGACCUCUGGUGAUCCUGGAUAAUGUGAAGUUCCCCAGAUAUGCUGAGAUUGUUCACCUGACCUUGCCAGAUGGUACCAAGAGGAGCGGGCAGGUCCUCGAGGUGAUUGGAAGCAAGGCAGUUGUUCAGGUAUUUGAGGGAACAUCGGGCAUUGAUGCCAAGAAGACAGCCUGCGAAUUCACUGGUGAUAUCUUGCGUACCCCGGUGUCGGAGGACAUGCUGGGGCGUGUGUUCAAUGGUUCAGGAAAACCCAUCGAUCGCGGGCCCAUUGUUCUGGCUGAGGACUACUUGGACAUCAUGGGUCAGCCCAUCAAUCCUCAGUGCCGUAUAUACCCUGAGGAGAUGAUCCAGACCGGCAUCUCGGCCAUUGAUGGCAUGAAUAGUAUCGCCAGAGGACAGAAGAUCCCCAUUUUUUCUGCUGCUGGCCUGCCCCACAAUGAGAUUGCUGCCCAGAUCUGUCGUCAAGCUGGCCUGGUGCAAAAGUCCAAGGAUGUGAUGGACUAUAGUGCGGACAACUUUGCCAUUGUCUUCGCAGCCAUGGGGGUCAACAUGGAAACUGCUCGUUUCUUCAAGUCUGACUUUGAGGAAAAUGGCUCUAUGGACAACGUCUGCCUUUUUCUGAACUUGGCCAACGACCCUACUAUCGAGCGUAUCAUCACUCCCCGCCUGGCGCUGACUACAGCAGAGUACCUGGCCUACCAGUGUGAGAAGCAUGUCCUGGUCAUCCUCACUGACAUGAGUUCCUACGCUGAGGCUCUGAGAGAGGUCUCUGCUGCCCGAGAGGAAGUCCCCGGCCGCCGAGGCUUUCCUGGCUACAUGUACACUGAUCUGGCCACUAUUUAUGAACGUGCCGGCAGAGUGGAGGGCAGAAGCGGCUCCAUCACCCAGAUCCCCAUUCUCACCAUGCCCAAUGAUGACAUCACCCAUCCAAUUCCUGACCUGACUGGAUAUAUCACAGAGGGCCAGGUCUACGUGGACAGACAGCUGCACAACAGACAGAUCUACCCACCUAUCAAUGUGUUGCCCUCACUGUCCCGUCUAAUGAAGUCCGCUAUCGGUGAGGGAAUGACCAGGAAGGACCAUGCUGAUGUGUCAAACCAGCUGUAUGCCUGUUAUGCUAUUGGUAAGGAUGUCCAGGCCAUGAAGGCUGUGGUGGGAGAAGAGGCCCUCACCUCUGAUGAUCUGCUUUAUCUAGAGUUCCUGCAGAAGUUUGAAAAGAACUUCAUCGCUCAGGGCCCGUACGACAACAGGACAGUUUAUGAAACUCUGGACAUCGGGUGGCAGCUGCUGCGAAUCUUCCCCAAGGAGAUGCUCAAGAGGAUUCCUCAGAGCACCCUGGCAGAGUUUUACCCCAGGGAGUCUGCUGCCCGUCACUGAGGCACACUUAAGGAUGCCCCCAUUCACCCCAUUCCUUACUUUAACCUCAGCCUGAAGUACUCUCAAUUUAUCUCCAGGUCAUCUCCUUCCCACGAAUCAGAUCACCCAACACCACCAUUCCAUUUCACCCCUACCCAGAAAUACGAUUAUAAUAUCCCCCAUCUUUAGAUGUACUGUAGUAUGUGUCUGUGUCCCAAGAGUUUAUGUAAGAAAAGUGUCGGGGUAAUGUCUCCCUUUGACUGCAAAAGAAAGAGUGAGCAUAUUGUUAAAGAUCAAAUCAGUCCUUAUUUAUUGGGACGUCUUAUUGCUGGAUUGUUCUCUUGUUUUUAGAAAUAAAUGCUAUGUAAUUUCCCCAAGUAAAACAACAGGUUUCCCACUGAAGAAAGAUGUGUGUAGAAUGAUGCCUGUCAAAAAUAAAAUGUUUAAUUUUUAGUAUUUAGAUUGCCAGAGAGGUUGAGUUAUUUAAUAUUGUAGGCUAAAAGAAACAAACUUACAGUUUCACAUCCUACCUUACUGGUAUUUGUGUUAAAGUAUUGUUCAACAGUCAUCUGCUGUAUUUUUUUCAGUGGCUUUAUAUUUUUUCAUGUCACCUGGACUUUGACGCUUUCUUCUCUCCUUUGGGCCCUCGUACCUCUCCCUACUCAGCACGGUGGAUAUUUACAUUAUUUGUGCUGUUUUGAUUUGUCUUGCAAAAAGUUAAGUGAAAGUAUAUUAAAAAAUUCCCAUCUGUCUGCAGUAACUAACUCUUUAUUGUGCAACUGUGGUUUUGUGAGUUUAAAUUAAAUUAUAUGAGAAAAC